GAUACGAUACAUAUGAGGCAUUAUUCGAAGCCGGAUUGACACAUAUACGACGUGCAUUUGAUAUAUCAGCGCAGUGUUAAGGACAAGGUGAACUUGGUCGGAUCUCGAGGUUCGUCCUUUUUCAUCAAAUCGCCAACACUAGGUACACACAGAGAAAGACUCAUCUAACCUCGAAUUGUACAUGUCCACUGUCCAGUCCACUAUAUAGCUACCGAUGCUGUUGCAGCUAGUGGCAUGGCACCCAAAGUCUCUCCUUCCGUUGACCAGAUCUGCAAUGUCGGUGAGAACUGCUGGCGAACAGUGGCACUGGUUUAUUGGUAAAACAUCUUUAGUAGGUAUUUCCUGUGUCGAUGUCGUGUGUGUGUUAUGUUGCGAAGAAUGGAGGAGAAAAAAAAAUCACCGAGUCCCAUUGUUCAUUUGGCGAUACUGUGUGCUUGGUCGAAUCCAGAAAUUCCUGUUUUGGACGGGGCGCGUAUCCGAGUUAGAGUGACCAUUGCACGGGCAAAAAGGCUGGCGAAGUACAUAUAUAAAAUACAUAGGAGAAAAAAAAAAUAGAAAAAAGAAAACAACCCAACGAAGAAGAGAACUGCCCAAACAACCGAUGAUCAAAACUUAUCAAGAGUACGAAAAGUAUAAGAACGUUGAAAUUGAGUCAAAAUGAAGAGUUGAAAGUCGUCCAGCUACAUUCCUAUUUCACCACUCGGUCAGUUGCCAGAAAUUUCCAAGCCUGCCAGCUAUACGUAGAAUACGUAAUUAUGCCCUACGCACGUGCUCGAUCAUAAUACUUCACCGUAGCUCGGCAUGUAGUUCUAUGCUAUAGAAUUGGACCGGUGACCAAGGUGGCGUGUAAUAAUUUAUAAUAAAAAUAUUUUUUACUAUAAUGUAAUAGUGUAUCAGACAUUGUAAUAUGGUCUGCGUUGACCAUGACACAUAUCCGGACGCGGACGGAACGGAACGGACGAUGAUGAUACUCGAUUCGAAUAUAUCGUUUUUACUUGACGAUCUCGUCGCCAGAAUACGCGCUCUCCUGUAGUCGUAAUACCGUAUCGUAUACUGCAUUUUUAUGAUCGAGCGAUCGAGAUCGAGCCCGUGUUAUGUUGUUAUGGUCAGUCACACUCAUCGCCGUGAUUAAACCCUGCUCGCGCGUUUCCACUGCCAACUGCCAAGCCAUAGACUCGAUCUUCGCGACGAUGUUCUUCUAACUAACGUCAGUGCUACAAGUGCGAUCGGUGUGUACGGUGUGGAGUUUCUUACGUUCUUACCGAUGUGGACCCGGCUUAUUCGUAAUUUACGUAAAUUUUAUCAGAUUUUUUGAAUUUUUCUUAUCGUCGAUCGGUUCGGGUAUUUGAGUGUGUCGAGGAUUUUGAUCGUGGAAUUUUCGUGGAUUUUUUUUCGGUGGUGUUGUGACUCGAAUUUUUGAUAAGUUUUUCCCUUGCCGUCGAAGUGGACAAUUUUACCAGUGCACCUGUUGCGAUCAGAGAGGUCGAUUGUACUCCCGAAGAUACUGUUUUUGGUUCUCUCAAAUGAGGUUGAAAUUGUAGAUUUUGCGGACAUCCAACUCAACAAACCAUAAAAACCUGAAAAAUGGUCGGCUUGACAUGAAGAUCGUCCAACUGAGCCCUCCAGAAGUAAAUCGAAGACGAGGAAGAAGAAGAGGAAGACGGCGAAGAAGCCAUGGCCAUGGCUUUAGAACAGGCAGUAUUCGGAGGCGCGAAUUACAGCAGCAGCAGGCUGGAAAUGAGCACGGAAUUCUUCAUGGUACCCACAUCGGCGGUAUACAGCUUACCGACGACAGAGCCGAAUGACGGCGUAAUCUCCAUAUCCGUUCACAGAUCUCCAGUACCUUACCAAAACAGUCUAUUUCGAAGGGAAAUAUGGGUUCCUCCUUUACUUAUACUUUCCAUACUUACCAUGAUGCUUAUAAUACUCUUCGAAGUUUUCGUAUUGUGCAAAACGUGGAGAACGGUGCCAAGCAGAAGGCAUUUGUUUCUCGGGCAAAUGCUACUUACCGGAUUAUUCGUGUGUUCGGCGGUUAGCGCUAUAUUAACCGCGGAGCCCACAUUGGGCACGUGUGCCGUAGUCAGAUUCGGAAUCGGAUUCGGGUAUUCGUUAAUUUUUUCAACGUUACUAGUCAAAUGUAUAUUUCUGAUUAGCCUCAACGGCGGAGUAUACUUACCUGCUCCGUACCAAGCGCUUUUAUUAUUUUUCGCCGUCGCCAUACAAAUCGCCAUCGACGUACAGUGGUUAAUUAAUACGCCUCCGAAACUUGUACAGGGUAAUUUUUUAUAUCCAACGUGUCAAGUAUCCUUUCAUCACAUUCUGAUGUCAUUGGUAUACGUGAUUUUCCUGAUAGUAGUGGUGACUAUAUUAUCACUGAAAUCGCGAACAAUCCGGGAUAACUACCGCGAAGCGAUGUUCAUCGCAAUAACCAUGUGCUGCGUGAUCCCAGUUUGGUUCGGAUGGGUUAUCAGCGGUUUGAUGGUGUUGGAGAAAAACCGAGACGCCUGUUUGGCGUUUGGACUGAGCAUAACCUCCAUCAUCGUUUUCCUCAUUAUGUUCAUGCCGAAAAGUCGCCAGCUGGCCGCCAUGGGCAGGGAAGGCAUGUAUAUCGAAGACAGAGAAGAAAAAUUCAGCACUAUUAGCAGAGCAGCGUCGCCUUCGUUUUUCCACUUCAAACCAGUGAAACCAGUUUACACGUUUGGAAAACAUCAGCCAUCAGCUUUGAAUACAUUUGGAGAUCGAGUCGCGUUGGUGGCACCUCCUCCAACUUAUGCUCAUCAUUAUUAUCCGUGCUGUUAUUUUCCUCAACCGCAUACUCAUACCAGAAACCCGACUGCAGGAAGCGGUAUAUUAGAAUCGAAUAUGUAUACUACCGUUGAACCUACUUUAUCGACGAAUCCAAAUGUUUUCUUCCAUCGGAGUGGUAUGCAUCCUGGAUUGAUGUACUGAAAUGUAGAAGGAGUGAAUGAAUCCCACCAUUUUGCUCAAUAUAUUAGAUUUUUUCUCGUAAUUAUAAGUUUCCCCCUUUUUUCUAUGGUCUCCUUGUGUCCCUAUUUUGUAUUUUCAAUGUCUUCGUUUUUUUUUCUUUUUUAAAUGUAAAAAAUAAUGAAAAAAAUGUACGAAUAUGUGUAAUAUAAACCGUAUAUGAACGUUACUUUCUUUAAUUUAAAAAUAUUAACGUUUUUCCAUUUUUUUGUACGAAGUGAUUUUGUUUGUAAAUAAAUUUUUGUAUUGCGUUG